ACGUUAUCUCUUGCAAAAUUCAAAUUUAGCGUAGAAAGCGGGAAUUUAAACACUCACUGAAAAAUCGCAGCUAUAUAAUAACACCUUUCUCGUUCUGUAUUUUGUACCGUUGAAAAACCCUUUUCAUUUUCUCACGCUCUUCAUUUUCAAUGGCGAACAAGAGCGUGAAGAAACCACAGAGUCUCAACGAUAGUCACUAUCGUUUCCUUCAAGAUCUCUCCGCUCCUCCCAAACCCUCAUCCAAACCACUCGAUGACGAAUCCGAUACACCGAUUCAACCUCGAAGCCUCUUCUACCAAGAUGUUGAUGACGAUACUAUUCCUCAGUUUUCUGCUAUCACCGACUUCGAUUCUCCAAUCGAUCAAAAUUCACCGGAGAAUAUUGAACCAGUUAGGGUAGAAGAAGCUCCUGUUCGGAAUGAUGUUCCCAAGUUUUCCGAUAAUAGUUCACUUAGUCAACAUUCUUCUAUGGAGAAUCGCCAAUCACGUGUGGUGGUAGAAGAAGCUCCUCUUUCUAACAAGGUUCCAAAGUUUUUUGAUGAAUAUUCUCAUCGUCAAAAUUCUCGGGAGAAUUGUAAACCAGUUAAGGCUGUAGAAGCUCCUCUUAGUCAAAAUUAUGCAGAGAAUCGCCAACCAGUAAAGGCAGUAGAAGCUCCUCUUAGUCAAAAUUAUGCAGAGAAUCGCCAACCAGUUAAGGUAAAAGAAGCUUUUCUUCCAAAGGAGGUUCUACAGGGUUUGGAUAAUAAUUCUCUUAAGGAAGAAAAGAAUACCAAGGUUAAGGUGCAGGGGCGCCGCCGCCUUUGCAAAGCUGCAGAUAAAGAGGCUGUCAAAAAGGUUGCAGUUGAUGAACCUAAGCUUGAUGAUCUUGCUGACUUUGAUUCGCCUAUUCCGGUGCGGAAAAAUGUGAUUGAGAUUGAGGAAAGUAAGGGUAAGAGUCAAAUUAGGGAUAUUUUGAAUGACCUAACCUCCAGGUUUGAUGCGUUAUCGGUUGAGAAGAAGCCGCAGCCCAAACCGGUGCCAAAGCCUGUUGAGCGUUUUGAAGGAGGGAAAGAAAUUUUUGAAGAUGAGGGUUUGGAGUUUGGGAGUGCUGGAUCUUCAUUUUCUCAGAAACAGGAGCGCCAUGACACCUCAUCAAAGGAUACUAAGAAUGAUAGUGGUGAUAUUGGGUAUGAAUCAGAUGAUUCGGUUCAAGUGUUGGAUCACUUUGAGCCUGAGAAUGAUGGCUCUAUAACAUUGAGUGACCCACGGUCUACAUAUAAGUUGCAGCCUAAGAUUGCAAAAAUGUUGUAUCCACAUCAGCGGGAAGGAUUAAAGUGGCUCUGGUCAUUGCAUGUUCGGGGUAAAGGUGGAAUUUUGGGAGAUGACAUGGGUUUGGGAAAAACAAUGCAGAUUUGUGGCUUUCUGGCUGGACUGUUUUAUUCACGUUUAAUUAGAAGGGUAUUGGUUGUGGCCCCAAAAACACUAUUGCCACAUUGGAUCAAAGAGUUAUCGGCUGUUGGUCUAUCUGAGAAGACAAGAGAAUAUUUUGGAUCCUGUGCAAAACUCAGAGAAUAUGAACUUCAGUACAUACUUCAGGACAAAGGUGUUCUUCUCACCACUUAUGAUAUUGUCCGCAACAAUACCAAGUCCUUAAAGGGGCAUAGUUAUGUAGAAGAUGAUGAAGAUAGCCCCACGUGGGACUACAUGAUACUUGAUGAGGGCCACCUUAUAAAGAACCCAAGCACUCAGAGAGCUAAAAGUUUGCUCGAGAUACCCAGUGCUCAUCGCAUUAUCAUUAGUGGCACGCCAUUGCAAAAUAAUCUCAAGGAAUUGUGGGCAUUGUUCAAUUUCUGCUGCCCUGAGUUGCUUGGUGACAAAAAAUGGUUCAAAGAUAAAUAUGAAACACCUAUACUUCGUGGAAAUGAUAAAAAUGCUUCUGACAGAGACAAGCGUGUUGGUUCAGCUAUAGCAAAGGAGCUAAGGGAUCAUAUUCAGCCUUACUUUUUGAGACGUUUAAAGAGUGAGGUUUUCAAUCAAGAUACAGAAAAAACAACAGCAAAGCUUUCUCAGAAACGAGAAAUCAUUGUGUGGCUUCGGUUGACCAAUAUCCAGCGGCAUCUUUAUGAAGCAUUUCUGAAGAGUGAGAUUGUUCUCUCAGCAUUUGAUGGUUCACCACUGGCUGCCCUUACAAUUUUGAAGAAAAUAUGUGAUCAUCCACUUCUGUUGACCAAGCGGGCAGCUGAGGAUGUAUUGGAAGGGAUGGACUCCAUGCUAAAGCCAGAUGAGGUUAAUGUUGCAGAGAAAUUGGCGAUGCAUAUAGCAGAUGUUGCAGAAACAGACAAGUUUAAAGAUGAGCAUGAUGUAUCAUGCAAAAUUACUUUCAUCAUGUCAUUGUUGGAUAAUUUGAUCCCUGAAGGGCAUAGGGUGCUUAUCUUUUCUCAGACUCGCAAGAUGCUUAAUCUUAUUCAGGAAUGCAUAACAUCUAAAGGUUAUGACUUUUUACGAAUUGAUGGCACAACAAAAUCCUGUGACAGAAUAAAAGUUGUUGAUGAUUUCCAAGAUGGUGUUGGAGCUCCAAUAUUUUUGUUGACUUCUCAGGUUGGUGGUUUAGGACUGACACUUACAAGAGCAGAUCGUGUUAUUGUUGUUGAUCCUGCUUGGAACCCGAGUACUGAUAAUCAAAGUGUUGACCGAGCAUAUCGUAUUGGACAAAAGAAAGAUGUUAUUGUCUAUAGACUGAUGACAUGUGGAACUGUUGAAGAAAAGAUCUACAGGAAGCAGGUAUAUAAAGGAGGACUAUUCAAAACAGUUUCUGAAAAGAAAGAACAAACUCGCUACUUUUGCCAGCAGGAUCUUAAGGAGCUUUUCAGCCUCCCAAAAGAAGGAUUUGAUGUGUCUGUUACCCAACGGCAAUUGGCUGAGAAACAUGAUUCUCAACAUAUAGUGGAUGACUCUUUCCAUGCACAUAUAGAGUUCUUGAAAAGUCAGGGCAUAGCUGGUGUUAGUCACCACAGUUUACUGUUUUCCAAGACAGAGCCAGUUCAAGAAGCUCCUGAGCAUGAAGUAGCAAGGGUUCAUAAUACUCAUUAUAUGGGAACUUCUUCGUCGUCGUCAUAUUCACGCGAGCAAAUUGUUGACGGUGCUGCAUUUGCUUUUAAUCCUAAGGAUGUUAAUUUACACAAAAAAGACUCUUCUCCAAGUAGUGUUGGUAAAUUGACUGAGUUAGAAAUCAAGGAUAGAAUUUAUCGGCUCUCCCAAAUGCUCUCAAAUACGGUGAUGAUUUCUAAAUUACCUGAUAAAGGAGAGAAACUUAAAAAUCGGAUUGUGGAGCUGAAUCGAGAGCUUACUAAACUGAAGAUGGAACAAACAAACGUAGUUGAUUUGGAUGAUAUUACCGAUGAAUUUGAAAAGGUGUUAAAUGUAUAGCUUUUUAUUAUUUUUAUUAUUAUUAUUUAUAGGAAACAAUGUUAAUAGAACUAUUUCCUCGGUUGUGGUAGAAAAUGGUUGUCAAAUGUCAACUUACUGGUUGAAGGUUUUGUAAAAUGAAACUUCCUACUGCAUUGUCCAUACGGAAAUGUUACGCUGGACCGAGAAAACAAGUGUUGUUGAAUUGAAUUUUGUUAGUAUGGGUGGGAAUCAAUACUACUCUACUAGUACAUUAAAUCCAACUUUUAUUUAUUGAAAGUUUUGUAUACUAAUGAAAUAAUUCUCAACUGAGUUAAUUCA